AUGACCUACGCCUGUGGUGAGGACCACAGUAACGAGACAGUGCUUUACGACAACGAGAAAACGGAUAUUGAUAUGAGUAGUAGCAGCGAUGGUGAGGAGAUGGAAGCCGAGGGUCCGAAUGGCGAGGAAGCAGAUCUUGAUCAUGCGCAACAGGGGAGACCAAGCACCAGAAAGGGUGUCUGCUGCGAACGCGCUAAAGCUGGACCCCUUCUCGUCAAUUACGAGUCCGACGAAGAGAAUAGCAUCAACAUGACCGAGGACAACAAGAUUGACGAAAACGACACUGUACAGGAACAAGACGAUAUCUCCUCUCCUCUCCCAAUCCAACACCGCAACUCCUCCAUCACUCCUUCCAACAUCCUCUCUCCAACCGGCCGUCGUGCAUACCGCACCCCCCAGUCCCUCUCGCCAUCCAUCUCGCCCACACACGCCGCCUUCUCCUCCUACAGCGAUCCCGCAAGCUCUUCAACCAUCUGCAAGCGAGCUUCCAACUUCACACACCACCACACUCUGCCCACCAUCCGCCGCGUAAUCGCCCAGCAAGGCAACCAAGCACGCGUGGAAUACUACCCACAAUGGAUAUCACGUGCCUGGCUCAAGAACAAUACACCUGCUUCUGUGUGGAGCGAGUGGAAGGAAAUGAAACACGACGAAGAGAGUGUGUUGAGUUAUCUACCCUUGACCGCACAGGGCUACUCUCCACUGCGCUCUGCGUCCUGCUCAGCAUCCCUGUCAGGAUCAAAGCGCAACAGAAAGGGCCAACUGAGGCGGGAAUCAUGCGCAGAUGACCAAGACAGCGAUCAAGACGAAAAUAUGAGAGUAGCGGCCCGGCCCUGGAAAGUGCUACGAAGCGAAGUUUCCAACGACAACGACAGUGGAUUCUACCUCGCCGCCAUGCUCGAAGAAACCGUCCAGCGUGCAGUUUCCGAGCUCUCCUCCCGCAAGAUGCACGACGUGUUAUCUUCGCCGGUAGCUUUCAUGCCCGGCUCGGGCUCUAAACGGCGUGCGGCAGAGCUGAUGGGGCGAAACGGCUUGGAGUUGGAUAUCCAUGCCUUUCUGCGCCACUUGGCUAGGCUGUCGGCCAAGGAGCGGAGGAAGUUUGAGGGCGUCAAGGUUCGAUGGAUGGGGCAGGUUGAUGGACGGGUUAAGACGACAGAAGGGAGGAAACAUGGCGUCAGCGCGGUGUCUUAUGUAGCGCCCGUAUGCGAAGGAUGGGAGAAUCCGCUCAACGGCAUGAAAGCGAGUGAUUACUUUAGACACAUGGCUCGCAACUCUACCACCGGCCGUAAUGACGACGACAAAGACGACGACGCAGACGAUGAAACCUCGGAAUACACCACACUCCUCCAGCACAAACGCCUCCUCACCUCCCUCCUCACAAACUCCCCCUGGCUCCUAUCCACAACGUCCCACUUGACAGCCCUCGCCUGGCUCCUGAUCCCGCGCCGGCAGCUAAAAGCCCACUUCCACGCGCUCGGCAUCCACCUCCCAGACGACUGGCACAACUACCAACGCGAGCAAUACCUCUGCCGGUACAGCGAAGUGGUCGAGGAUAAGCGGACCUGGCACGAUCUCAUGGAAACCAGUCUCUUCCUCAACAAGCACUUCAAGGAGUUGAAGAUGGCAGAGCGCGGAGAAAAGGACGAAUGGAUCACAGAUGACGAGGGAGACAGCGAUGUCGAAGACGAGCAUCCCUGUGCUGGCGUCACGGCAGCGAAUAUGCGUAAAAGUUUGAAGAAGACGGCAGACGAGAGAAAGCAUGGACAAGGCAAGACGUCAGCAAAAGGCAAGAAACAAACUGCCAGUGGAAUCAACACUCAGCCCACCUACUCCCGGAGAAAAGCCACCGUCAUCCACCAUACCAACGACAACAACAAUGACAAUGACGACGACGACGACUUCCACCACCACCCCGACACCGACACCGACACAGAAUACGACACCACCCACGCCGCCGCCGACGCAACCACAACAACAGACAGCUCGGACCCCGAACCCCCCCCUCGCCCCCGCCCCCGCCCCAGCAAAAAACUCACCCCCACCCGCCCUCUCAGCAUAAAAUCCGCAUCAAGCAAAGCGCCCCGGCGCGCCGCGCUCGUAGAUCCCGACGCCGUGCGGUUGGGCAAGCGGGCCAGAGCCGCGGCGAAUAGGGCGAGGGCGGUGGCGGCGAAGAAGAAGGAGGUGGAGGAAGCGGAGGAAGUGGAGGUGGAUCGGUUGACGGGGGAUGAGUGGAGGGUUUUGCGGGCGUGGAGGGCGGGGAGGGAGGGGUGUUAG